UUGGAAGACAUCAUUAGGCUUUUGGAGCAAAAAGAAAAGAAAAACACCAAACCGCUGGCAGGCAGAGCCCAGCGCCACCUCUCCAGCCGGGAUCUGCUCUUUGUGCGCGCAGAAAGUGCCCAGUGUCAUGUAAAUGCCUCUGGUUCUGGCCUGCUCCUGCUUUAUGCUGAAGGCCACGCGUGUGAAUGCGGAGCCGCCGUGUGGCCGGCGCCCAGAGGGGGGCUUUGUGCUGUCACUCUCAGGGCGCCCCCCCUGGAAGGAUGUGGAGCCGGGCGGGGUAGCACGGGGGUGGGCUUCAGGUUGGGCACCGACCGCGAACUCAAUGAACCCCCCGGGGCCUCGGCCACGUCCAUCACCCCCCCCCGCCCCCCCGCAUACUUCCUCCUUUCUUUGGUCCUCCCCCCCUCAGUUCUCCUCCCUCUCUCUUUGGUCCUGUCGCUUAUAAAACUGGACCUGAGGCCAACUGGGCCCGGGCCCAGAACUGGCCGUCACAGUCGGCCUAUCGGGAGCCGCCACACAGACGAGCACACGUCGCCCACGUCGGGCCUGUACUUCCUCAUCUCCAACGAGGGCCACCCCAGCCUGUUCGUGUCGCAGGCCAGCCUCUGGCUGUACUUCCGGCUGCUGCCGGCCGGCCCCGAGAAGGGCCUCCGGAGGAAGAUCACCGUCAAGAUCCACUACCAGGAGGCCGCCGGGGGCGGGGCGGAGGCGGCCGGGGGCGGGGGGGCCGGGGGCUGGGCGCUGGUGGAGAAGCGCGUGGACCUGAAGCGCAGCGGCUGGCACACCUUCCCGCUGUCGGAGGCGGUGCGCGCCGUGCUGGGGAGGGGCGGGCGGCGGCAGGACCUGCAGGUGCACUGCGAGGGCUGCGAGCUGGCCGGCGUGGCGCCGGUGCUGGUGGACCCGGGGGACCCCUCCCACCGGCCCUUCCUGGUGGUGCGCGCCCGGCAGGUGGACGGCAAGCACCGCAUCCGUAAGCGCGGGCUGGAGUGCGACGGCAGCAGCGGCGGGCUCUGCUGCCGCCAGCAGUUCUACAUCGACUUCCGCCUCAUCGGCUGGAACGACUGGAUCAUCGCGCCCGCCGGUUACUACGGCAACUACUGCGAGGGCAGCUGCCCCGCCUACAUGGCGGGCGUGCCCGGCUCGGCCUCGUCCUUCCACACGGCGGUGGUCAACCAGUACCGCAUGCGGGGCAUGAGCCCCGGCUCGGUCAGCUCCUGCUGCAUCCCCACCAAGCUCAGCACCAUGUCCAUGCUCUACUUCGACGACGAGUACAACAUCGUCAAGAGGGACGUGCCCAACAUGAUCGUGGAGGAGUGCGGCUGCGCCUGA